AUGGAAGAGCACUUAAAGUUGAUGGAGGAGAGUGACAGUGAUGAUGAAAAAGCUAAAAAGAAAAAGAAGAAAGCUAAGAAACCUGUCAGUAGUGAUGAUGAAGAAGUUCCAGUGAUAAAGAGAAAGGUAAAAGAAAUUCCAGCUUUCAAAGUUGAUGUAGAAGCUGAUGCACAAAAGAUUCCGCCGACAUAUGUUCUGCACUUCUGCCGUGCCGUCUGCGAUUGUACUCUGCCACAGCCAAAGACUUUUGGGGCCAAGGAAUUCAUGGGAAAGACGAAAACUAUUCAUUCUUUUUUCAAAAGAAAGGAUGACGAACAAGAGAGUAAACGUCAAAAAACUUCAACUAGUGAGCCUGAAGAGCAUGAAGCGCCACCACCACCACAAUCAAACACAAUUCCAAACGAAGCUCCACCACCACAAUCAAACUCAAAUGAAGCUCCACAACCACAAUCCGACACUAAUGAAGUGGAUGUUAAUCUUAUAGAAAGAGAUCCCGGUAAACGAAAACCAAUGUGGGAACAUCCGGUUAAUUUAAGAGAACAAGUAAGGCGUGCUUAUCUUUCUUUUGGACCUUACCAAAUAGAACUUGCAGAAUAUAAAGUUAAUGGUACAAAGAAGCAAGCUCGUAGGUUCCGAUAUCCUUGGUUCAAACUUUACCCUAAUUGGUUAGAGUAUUCUCCAACAACACAUUCGGCUUAUUGCUUUCUAUAUUAUCUUUUUUGUGACAAACCAAAUAUGAGCCAUGGUCAUGAUACAUUUACAGUUAAAGGGUUUGAGAAUUGGAAUAAAGUUUGUGGGAAACAAUGUGCAUUCAUGAAGCACAUUAAAACUUCAAAUCAUAGAGACGCCCUUUUAUUCAGUCAAAACUUAUUGAACCAAGAAGCACACGUUGAUAAUUCCAUAUCGAAGCCAAAUAAGGAGAUAAUUAUGAAGAACCGUUUACGAUUAAAGACUAUUGUUGAUGUAGUUCGUUGGUUGACAUACCAAGCCUGUGCUUUACGAGGACAUGAUGAAUCUGCUAGUUCUAAAAAUCGAGGUAAUUUUCUGGAAUUGCUAACGCUUCUUGCUUCUUAUAAUGAUGAAGUUUCAAAGGUUAUACUAGAGAAUGCUCCUUAUAAUGCAAAGUAUACUUCUGGAGAUAUUCAAAAAGAAAUUCUUAGUAUUAUUGCAAAUAAAAUUCGAAAGCAUAUUCGUAGUGAAGUGGGGGAUUCGGCCUUUUGUGUCAUGGUUGAUGAGUCACGAGAUGAGUUAAAGAAAGAGCAAAUGGCCAUAGUUGUGAGAUUUAUUGAUGAAGAAGGGAUGAUACAAGAAAGGUUCUUGGAUUUGGUUCAUGUUAGGGAUACUUUAUCAGCAACCCUAAAAACAAGUUUGUGGAAACAACUUUUGCAUUAUCAAUUUGAUGUUAGUAAAAUUCGUGGGCAAGGUUAUGACGGUGCUAGCAAUAUGAGAGGGAAAUGGAACGGAUUACAAGCACUUGUUCUUGAAGAAUGUCCUUACGCGUAUUACGUUCAUUGCUUUGCUCACAGGUUACAACUUGCCUUGGUUUGUGCUUCAAGGGAAGUUAUUCCAGUACACCAAUUCUUUACAUACUUAGUUGACAUAGUUAAUGUGGUUUGUGCUUCUAGUAAGCGGCAUGAUGAAUUACAAAAGGCAAAGGCAAGCGAGGUUGAAAAGUUAUUGGAACUGGGUGAAAUCAAUUCGGGGAAAGGACAGAAUCAACUUGGGACAUUAAGAAGAGCUGGUGAUACUCGUUGGGGGUCUCACUAUAACUCCGUUUGUAGUUUGAUUAAGAUGUUUGAUGCCACUCGUGUUGUUCUCGCAGGAAUAAUCGAUGACGUAGCUCAUACUACUUUUGCUCAACGUGGAGAUGCUGAAGGAGCUUGGCGUAACAUGCAAUCAUUUGAAUUUGUCUUUAUUCUUCACUUGAUAGAGAAAGUAAUGAGAAAAACCGAAAUACUUUCUCAAGCAUUACAAAGUAAAUCCCAAGAUAUUCUGAAUGCCAUGGAAUUAGUCUCGGCAACAAAGAUAACUCUAAAUAAUUACAGAAACGAUGGAUGA